GCCUUAUGAUAAUUUAAGCUUACCUUUUUCGACAAGAAAGUACAGAAAGAAAAUAUUUGAUAUGUUGGUGUAACAUUGUAGUCGUUACCACUCAAUCGCGCUGUGAUUUUGCUGUAUUAAAGUUUUGCAUACCUUCCUUUAUCAGCUUUAUAUAUUUCUCUUUAUUUACCAUCUUUCUUGCUCCAAAUAUCAUCUUCUUUAAAAUAACAAGAAAGGCUCUCUUCUCUCUACAGCUUUGAUCAUAUGGAAGAUCAAAAGGAGAACAAGAACUCGCCAUGGCUAUCAGUACCACAGUUUGGAGACUGGGAUCAGAAAGGAGGACCAGUUCCUGAUUACUCAAUGGAUUUCUCCAAGAUCAGAGAGAUGAGGAAACAGCACAAGAGAGAUCCUUCUCGAGCCAGUCUUGGCAAUGAACAAGACUUCAUUAACCCAUUUCACAAUCAACCUACUUCGGUUGAUAAAACUAAGGCUAAGCUCACAACUGUCCACAGUGACAACAACAUAACCAACAAUGAGUUCCCUCACCACCAGCGACAUCCUCCAUCUACGAGGAGAGGAAUCUUCAGCUGCUUCAACUGCUGCGUUAAAGCUUGACGCUAUUUCGUAACAGUGAGUCAGAGACAAUGAGGAGAUGUGUUUCACUUAUUUAUAAUAAUGAAGUAAGAAAUGAGAAAUGGGAGUGACACCUUUUUACAUACAUUCCUGCGAAAGCAGCAGCGUUAAUCAAGUUUAUGUGCUGUUUACUGUUAUCUUACAAUUCUAUAACUAAUGUAGCUUUCUUUCUUUAGAGAUUGGUAACUUUUCAAUAUUGUGAUACAUACUACAAUGCAUUUAUAUAAAAAGAUAAGUCGUGUUUACUGAAUGUGUGUGCCAUUUAACAGUCGCACUUAGUUUAACACAACCAUCCUCGUCAAGUCUUAAACUCAACAGAUACCUGAAAGAUCCAGGGAUAGAUUCAAUAGAUGUAUACUAAACUCCUGUUGAGUAGUAUUGUAGUACUAAUAUAGAUUCAUUUUUGUUUUUACAUUAUUUUCGACUUCAAGAUAACACCAAAGUUGAUAUGGCCGAGUUGGUCUAAGGCGCCAGAUUAAGGUUCUGGUCCGAAAGGGCGUGGGUUCAAAUCCCACUGUCAACACUAUCUUUUUUUUUCUGAUGAAAACAGAUAUUGUGACUGAUUCCACGUAAAGCCGUGGGUCUAAACCUCUCCCCGUGCUACUUACUGAUUAAAGUCAUCAAUCAAAGUGGAAGACAUAGAUUACAUGUUGUGAAGAUUUACAGACUAGAACCACGUUUGCUUUGAACAUCGCAUCAUGAUGAAAGAAACGCACAGGAUGAGACAGUGUUAUUGCUUAUCAGAUUCCCAGAGCUUGCAUUCUAAAACCCAUCACCUAUGACCCUCCUCAGUGCACAUAGAUCUCAUUGAACUUCGAUUUUAAAAGCCAAGCUCAAAGUUUCUUCUGGGUUUUACUUAUAUCUGUAAUCAAUGCAAACAGAAACGAAAUAAGUAAAAGGUCCGGAAUAGCCUAUAGGCGGUUGCAAAGUAAACAACUAUGUUAUGUUUUUGUCCCAUAUCGCUUAGCUAGAAGGAAGGUGGUCAUAUCCUGAUGAGUAUAAAUAAGAGGCCUUGUCUAACUUCCAAUUCAUACCUUUCUCGGCCUUUUGGCUAAGAUCAAGUGUAGUAUCUGUUCUUAUCAGUUUAAUAUCUGAUAUGUGGGUCAUCGGCCCACACGAUAUUAACUCUAUUUUUUUAGGGUGAAAGCUCUCUAAAAUAGCCUGCUAUUUGGGCUUUCGUGAGUCGCCCAUAUGUUGCACUAUUGCAAGGGCCCGGUUCAACCCAUCAAUCAACAAGUCCAAUUUUUAAGUGAUUACUCUAGUAAACAAAGCUUAAUACCAUUAAAUACAGUUAGCCCAUGGUUUCCCAAGGGUUUGGCUAUAAAGAAGGGUUUCCUUCUCUCCUAGAGUGUCCACGUAGGAUGCCACAUAGAUAAUUCAGUUCAUGGUUUUUUGACACGUGUCCAACAGGAAAACAGCAGCGUUUCAUUAAAAUUUAACAUCUUGGUCUCAUCCAACCCUACGGCUGCGACGAAGAACGUGGAAACGGCUGUAUUCAUAAGCAGAGGAGGAGAAGAGGCUUCGAUGGACGACGAAUCAUAUAUACUCCAUAUGCAUAUGGCUCAUCUGCCGUUGCGUCUCUGGCUUCACCGAUGCGUCUCCAAAUUAUCCCUCUUAGAUGAAUCUCCAAAGCGUCACGAAAACUUAACCGAAGGCGUCAAUCUUAUACCUGUUUCCUUCAUGUCUCAGUUCCAUAGAUCACGACCUGAUUGUAAUUUAUGCGCUUCUUGGGUUAGGUUCUAUCUCUGUGAGUUUUGUUUCUAACUCACAUUUAGAUUUGUAAAAUUGAUGUUUCAAUGAAAAUUUUGUUUUGUUCUUAGUGCAACAAGAGAACCUGGAACCAUUGCUUUUAUUUCAUUUUGAAUGGUGCUUGAUUUGUGAUUUGACGAGUGAUUAGAUAAAAGGAUGAAUGCUUUAAUCACUUUGUGUUUCCAUGGUCAUAUGUUUCUGCAAACGAAGAAGUAUUGUGUACUACUUUAUAUUAAGGAGAAAAUUUUGAAGAAGCUAUCUAAGCAGCAGGUGUGUUCUAGACUGUCUUUUUACAACUGUUCUAGACUUUCUUUGUUUUCUUUUCGUUUCAAUAAAAUGGGUUUGUUCUAAAGCUUGAUCCUUUAUAUGAUCUUGACCAAGCUUUAAGGUUUGCGUGUGUGGACCGUGGUCAGACAGAGAAUAGCUGUUGUAGUCAGACAGAGAAUAUAUGUUGUGUGAAGUGUCCAUUCUGUGAGUGGUUUGCGUGUGUGGACCGUAAUGUUCCUUGACGUGAAUCUAUGAGCAGUGAAGAGUUUCAGAUUCUUCAGGCUCAUAAAAUAUAUCAAGCUGAUAUCAUAUUGCAUCGCUUGGCUAGGUAGAAGAGGCGGAGACGGUGUCAGCAAUGUCGUGUAAUGAUUUUAAUUUCUCAAGGCUGCAACCAUGACUUGCCGGUAAGACAUACACCCAUAGAACGUUUCAUAUCUAUAUAGUGUUUGGCUUUGUGGUUUCUUAUAUCAAUGUUGAGAUAUCUCUUUGUGUUCUUUGUAUGUGUGGGCAUGAGUUUUGCUACUGUUGUGGAGUGGAGUACAGUGAAGGACAACAGAGUUGCACAUGUGCUUUGUGGUGGAUUGUUGCAGGAAGUUUACAGAGGAAAGCAAAAUACGGUAUGCUUGGAGCAAAUACGCUGAGCUAGAGAGGUCUCUUGCUGAGACUGAACUAGCUAGAACUAUCUUUGAGCUUGCAAUCUCUCAGUCAGCACUUGACAUGCCCUAACUGCUAUGGAAGACGUAUAUAGGUUUUGAGAUAUCAGAAGGAGAAUCAGAGAGGACGUGAGCUUUAUAUGAGCGACUAUAGGACCACACAAAGCAUUACAAGGUGUGGCGGUGUAGGUUAGUUUUGCAAAGUUUGAAGCUUAUGCUGCGGAUCAAGAAGAAGACAAGGAAGAGGAAGACCAAGAAGAAAUAGUUGCUAUUGAACUAAAAAAGAGUGCAUCAGACGUGCCUGAGCUCUUUUCGAGAGAGCCAACAGCUACUACAAAGACUCUGCACCAGAGUUGAAAGAAGAAUGAGCUACACUAUUGGAAGACUGGCUUAACAUGUAGACCAACUUUGGUAAUCUCGAGGAUGUGAGUGUGGUACAAUCUAAUCUCCCGAAGAAUCCCAAGAAGAAAAAAACAACCACUAGAGAAGAUGGGUCUACAGAGUAUGAAGAAUACAUUGAUUACCUAUAUCCAGAAGAAUCGCAGACAACAAAUCUCAAGAUUCUUGAAGCUGCUUACAAGUGGAAGAAGCAGAAACUUGCAGCUUCUGAGGAGGAUUACGAUUAUUACCAAGUUUCUUUUGAGUUAUAUCAAAACUGUGAGUUGAUAUUUUUUGGAUUGUGUUAAAACUCACUGUUAUUGUUGUUUGUUUAUUUUGGCAUUAGACCUUUAGGUUUGUGUUCUCUGUACAUCGCCAUUGUUGUUAUGUUAUAGUCACUAACAUGUAUCUAACAAUUGCUUAAACU